UCCAAGAACAGAUUUACUGAAAUCCCUCCAGAUGUGUGGCAGUUUGCGCCGCUUGAGACGUUGAACUUGUAUCACAACUGCAUCAAAUCUAUCCCUGAAGCCAUUAAAAACCUACAGAUGUUAACAUAUCUCAAUAUCAGUCGAAAUCUCUUAUCUACAUUGCCAAAAUACCUGUUUGAUCUGCCACUGAAAGUUUUGGUUGUCAGCAAUAAUAAGCUUGUGUCUGUUCCUGAAGAAAUUGGAAAAUUGAAAGACUUAAUGGAAUUGGAUAUUAGCUGCAAUGAGAUCCAGGUCCUUCCCCAACAGAUAGGAAAACUGCACUCGUUAAAAGAAUUAAAUUUAAGAAGAAAUCAUCUCCAUAUGUUACCUGAUGAGUUAGGAGAGCUUCCCUUGGUCAAGCUGGACUUCUCUUGUAAUAAAAUCUCAGAGAUCCCCGCAUGCUACCGGAAAUUGCGUCACUUGCAAGUCAUCGUUUUGGAUAAUAAUCCGAUGCAGAUACCGCCAGCCCAGAUAUGCUUAAAGGGCAAAGUACACAUUUUUAAAUUCCUCAGUGUCCAGGCAUGCCUCAGAAUGGACAAAAAGCCAGACUCUCUGGAUCUCCCUUCCCUGGGAAGAAGGAUCCCUUCUCAGCCGCUCACAGACAGCAUAGAGGACUUCUACCCCAACAAAAACCACGGCCCAGACUCUGGAAUUGGUAGUGAUAAUGGCGAUAAAAGAUUAUCCACCACAGAGGUCUCGGAAUCCACGAGGGAACAGACCCUCCGGAAUGACAAUCAGCUGCUCGGGAACAAACCUGAGUUGCAUAAAGACCCCGAUGUGUGUGAUUACCUUGAUCCUAGCUCAGAGGACGUGGCUGCUUGUGACCAAGGAGAUCCCCAGACCGGGCCAUCCAUCAUCUGUUACGUUAAGGAACGAGGAAAGCCGGCCGAGAAGCCCCAGAAGAGCGAGCCACGCGAAGACUGGCGGGAUGAGAAGAGUGUUCAGAAAGAAAAGGCGUUGGCAGAAGAAGAUGAUGAGCUGAAGGACGUGACCGACCUGCGGAAAAUUGCGGCCCAGCUCCUGCAGCAGGAGCAGAAGAACAGGCUUCUGAACCACUCCACCCCAGCAAGCACAAGAAACCGACCAAAGCAGGCGGUGGACUCGGAAAAAAGUCUCUCUGCAGAUGAAGCAAAUUCCCCGUCUUCCCCCUGCAGCUGGCAGUCUCUGGAAAGCCAGAAGGGCCCCCUGGACGAUCCACACUGGCCGGAUGUGCAGCCGGUAAUCUGGCAGAAUGAGGAAAGGCGGCGAAGCAAGCAGAUCAGGAGGGAGUAUUUCAAGUACAAGUCUUCACGGAAGAGUUCCAGUGGAAAUGAAAAUGAUGAGCAAGACAGUGAUCAUACUAAUGUGUCUCCACAGUCUCCUGUGUCAUCCGAGGAUUAUGAACGGACAGACGGGAAUUCGCAUGGCCCUUUUGGACUAAAGCCUCGAUCAGCAUUCGGGCGUUCUCGUCAAGACUACAGCGCCACAGACCCCGGAUUCACCAUGAGGAGGAAAAUGGAGCAUCUGCGGGAAGAAAGGGAGCAGAUAAAGCAGCUGCGCAACAAUCUCGAGUCGCGGUUGAAAGUCAGCUUGCCCGAAGAUAUUGGAGCUGCCCUCAUGGAUGGGGUGGUUCUGUGCCACCUGGCCAACCACAUCAGACCGCGGUCUGUGGCCAGCAUUCAUGUCCCGUCACCAGCUGUGCCUAAGCUCAGUAUGGCAAAAUGCCGAAGAAACGUUGAAAAUUUCCUGGAUGCUUGUAAAAAACUGGGUGUGCCGCAGGAAAGACUUUGCUUGCCCCAUCACAUUUUGGAAGAAAGAGGACUAGUCAGAGUUGGACUCACGGUUCAGGCUCUCCUUGAGAUCCCUUCCUCCAAAGCGUCACAGCUCUCCUGCCUGUGAUCGGACUCUUGCAGAAGGAGCCCGCUGCCGGGGCCUGUGUUGGAUCCGUCCCAGAUCUUUCCACUUCCUCCCGAGGAGCUUCCCAAGCCAUUAAGCGUCAGUGCUGGCCGGGUGUUCUGGAUGCGUGCUUGGAACUUGGGUGUCGGCUGACAACUCCCUGGCAGUGUGAAAAAGCCCUCCUUUCUUUUUCACCGAGAGCCAUGAGAGAGUUCGAGGCCAUCAGAUUCUCUUUCCAGGUAGAACGCAUCUGAGUUCUCCCCUUCAUUCGUCAUAUCUUCUGCUCUCUUCUUUUUCAACUGACUUUGUUAAAAAGUAUUCGGCUGUAUUAGUGUUCCUCUUAGGUCUUGCAGCACACAUUUAACAAGGACAGACAUGCGCAGAGCUUUUAGAAAUGAUUGUGGUGGGAAAUCCUAACCAGUGGCUGGUUUUUUGGAGGCAUUUUGAGAAACAUGCAUUUUUCUUUCAUGGACGUUACGGAGUAAAACAGCUCUUAAAACGGCAUUUACAUUAAAAGUUUAGACAUGUAUCAUUUCCAUGUACAUUUGGGGGGGGGGAAAGUAACUACAGCAUAGUAGAAAAUCUGGACAAGCAGUCACAGAACCAGUUUGACCAGUUUUGAGAAGAUGGGCAUCCUUCACUCCUUGCACUUCUUACUGUUGUACCAUUUCCAAUAUUUUAGUUGGGUGUAUGCUGGCAGUGACAGAAUAGUAUACAAUAUAAAGGACAAGUUGUGUGGUUUUUUUCAGUAUUCUAGAUUGGUGCCAAAAUAUUUUUCAGUUGUACUGUAGAUUGUUUACAUGUGAAGUGCCUGUGUAAUAACUCUUUUACUAGUCUUAAACAUUUUUGCAGUUUCUUUAUGUCUCAAUAGAUGCAAUGCGUAUUUUUAAAUAUUAGGUUUUUGUAAGAUUGGUAAUACGUGAAGUUUAAAGGACUAACAUCUGAAUGUUGGAUGUUCUUCAGUUUGCACACUUUGAAUUUAUUAAGUUUGGUUUUUAGAAAAAAUGUAAAUAUGCUUUUAUUUAUCAUAUUUAAUUUGAUAUGUAAUCAUUUUUAAUGUAUUUGUUGGUCAGUGGAUGUUUUAAAAGUUAUUUUCCUUGUCUGGGAUAAAUAAUGACAUGUAGUGAUUUUAAUUGAGAAUCCUACAGAAAUGUAUUAGUUAAAAACAUUUCAGUAAAACUGCCAAAAAAAUUUUUUUUUAAAAAAAGAAUAAUCUCAGGUUUAUAUUGUGAUAGUCAGGAUUUCACAGUUUGCGCCCAACUUCAUACAAUUUUUUGUUGUUUUAAAAUGAGGAAUGUCAUAAAGUAGUGGAAACAUUUUAGUAGCGUUUAUCAAAUCAUCGUCCCCCUGGCUGGUUUUAGGGCACUGAGCUUUUACUUCUGUGCAUUGUAGGCAGUAACUCCCUAACUGCCUUGUUCUUUUCUGCCCACCCAGACCCACUCUAGUGUUGUUGCAAAGGGUGUGUGUGUGUGGAAAGGAGCCACACCUGGGGGAAUGGGAAGGAGCAAUGGUAUGUCUGUGCAUGACAGCUCAUCCUGAGGUGUCAUCCGGGGUGGCCUCUGCCACCGUUCAGGAGAAUAGCCAGUAUUGCAAGCUGCCCGUGCCCCCCCCCCCCACGCCAGUGGUUGUUCUUAAUUUUGGGAGCUUUUUAUGCCCCACCUGUUAGAGCCGUGGGGGUCUCGAGAGAUAGUCCCCAACCCCCGUUGAGCCCACCCUGCCCUUCCCUGCAGAGGACUUCCCCAUCGCGGGGUCCAUGAGAUGUCUGAGCGGGAAGCAUCUCAAGGGAGAUCUGCCCCGUAGCAUUUUGAGAUGCCCAGAAAAAGACUUGACCUGGUCUGUUUCUAAAGUUAGUAUUUCCGUUGUUCCACAUCACAGUUAUUAAGGUUCAGCUUUUGCCUGUAGGGUAACUUGGUUAGACUAAAUUAUCUUUUCUUGUUGAAGUAAUUAAGAAAUUAAUUUCUUUGCACUUUUUUUGCGUCCCAAAGACUUCCACUAUCAGUUGAAGAAACAUGUUGUUAUUGUUGGGUGACGUUGGGACUGGGGUUCAGCUGUAGAGGUAGCCGAUACCAUGAUCGCUCUCCCCACAUGUGCAAAGUGAGGGCUGACAUGACCUCUCCCCAUUCCUGCAUAGUAUUAUCUGAGCUGGUGGGAGCCCUUUUAUCAAAUGGAAAAUGUAUUGAAUAUAAUGAAGCUUUUAAAGAUGUUUUUAAAUUGAGUUCUUAUUUAUUUCUAUUUCAGGAAAAAUGCUCAGAUGAAUUCUACUUUUUGGUAGCUUUGGGACAGAGAGAUAUUUGCCAGGGCAAUCUGGUGUCCUUCUCCCAAAGAACACAAAUCUUAUUGGUCUAAAUUCAGCAUAAAAAUCUGGGAGGGAUAAGAACAGGCAGGUGCAGAUGAGCUCAGCCCAAUUUGGAGAGUCAAGGUGGGUGUCAUCUGCAUAUAUGAUAGUGCAUACAGGUGGAUUUUAAAGAAGCAGGAAGUCUUUGCUCAAUCUGUUAUCCUUGUCUUCCUCUUCUCUCUUGGGGACAGUUACUCUGGGACGUGCAUGCCAAGUAAGAAUUAGGAUCCAAAAUUUCGGUUGGUGGCUUCUGUGCCGAGUAUAUUCAGACAUGUGUUCCUCCAGACGACGACAGCCCUACUGUGACUUGGACUGCCUUGUGGGAGGCAGGGAGAACAUAGCAGUUGUUUUUUGAAAAGAGAAGUGUCUGUUUCUGUGUUCUGUGGCUGUUUGGAUUCCAACAUAAAAUUUAUUUUACUGUAGUCCAUCCUUCUAAGAAAGCAGAGCAUCACAACUGAACUCACACAGGACAGUUUACUGUCUUCUACCUUGGCCACUUGAAUUCUGGGAGUUGAAGUCCCCACAUCUUCAAGCGGCCAAGGUGGAAAAACACUGGCAUAGAUUGUGAGACACUAAAAAGGAGUGGUUUUUUGCACGAGGAGGCUUCUUCUCAUUUCUCCACCUAGAUUGCUUCCAGGACCAGCAGCUGUCCACCUCUGGAGGUGACACGAAUUUUCAGAGAACUUUGGAAAGCAUUGUUGGGAAGCCUCUGAGGAAGCACCUCUUCUGCCCCACUGCUCCUCAGGCCUCCUGAGGAAUGCCAUGAGAAGAGAUGGGGUCUGUGGCAAAGGCAUGUCGGAAGUGGCUCUCAGUGGGCAUCAGACUGAUUUCUGCCUGCCUGGUCUAAUACUCCAUGAAAGCGAACCCAGAAGUGUUUACAUAAGGCUGCUUCUCUCAUUUGCAAAAUGCCCUUGCGGACUUGAGUCUUUUGAAUUCUUGAAGUCUCCCUUCUCCGUUUGUUCUGCGUUAGAAUGCAAUUGUGAGCUUGCGUUGAAUUAAAAUGCAUGAAAUCAUUUGUUUAUAUUUAGAUCAGCCUUCCCCAGUUGGUUGUUCUCUGUAUAUAUUGGAGUUCAGUCGCCCUCCCCUUCGACCAGUAUGGGCAUGGCUUCAGGGUACCUUACUGGGAAAAUUUGGUCUUCAGCUAUUUAUUAGUUUUGUUAUUUGUUGAUUUAGAUGCUUUAAAGUUACAGGUGCUAAGAUUUUUAAUUCCUUUUAAAUGAAGAGGAAGGCAUCCUAUUUUAAGAAUAAACAUGGAAAAAUAGUGGUAAAUAAAAUUCUUAGUUCUCCCCCCUUCCCCAGGCAUUGGGUAAAUAAAGCAAACUUGUGUGUGUGUGGGGGGGUUCUUCCAUGUAUUAAUCACUUUUAUUUUGUUUUUACAUGAAUCUGAUUUUUCAACGUGUGUGUGUAUGUGGUUCUUCCAUGUAUUAAUCACUUUUAUUUUGUUUUUACAUGAAUCUGAUUUUUCAACCCGCUCCCUUUAUGAGUCUCCCCUUCUCACAGUCUGGCCUCUGUAUGAUUCACCUGCAGACUUGUCUGUGCAGAGAAUUUCUGGGAUAUCCAGGAGUUUCUGAGUCAGACUAUUAGUCGACUGACUGCGAAAGAGGCAUUGUCCCCCACAACAUCCGGCCCGUAGCGGGCUUCAUUCUUGCGAUCCAAACCCUUCCGUUUCUUGGAAAUUUAGGCAGUGAUACGAGCACAGGGCGAGUGCCACAAUGUGAGUUUGGGUGCCUGCCAAGCCACGUUGAUGCUUAAUUGUGAUGGGUUGAACAGAGAGAUGUGCAAACUGUUGAAUGAUCUGUGGAACCUCCAUGGACCAAAAGGGUUCAGGUGAUUAGUUUUGUCUUUGUGGGUGUCUUUUUUAAAAAAAACACUACUUCUUGAUUGGUAUCCAUUCCUUUUGUAUCUCCUUUCUUUAAUUCACCAAUUAUAGCCAAAUUCACACAGUUGCUCUUUUUAUGUGCAUAAAUGCAAAUCAGUUUGGAAGUAGCCAGGGACUCUGUCUUUUCUUUUGUGUCUGCAUCGCCAUAUCUGUUUGACGUUGCAUUUUAAAUUCAUUCUUCUUUCCUGUUCUCAGUUGUGUCAUGUUGUAUAGAACUCUUUGACACUUUCCAGACUAUCUUCUUGCUGGAGCUUCCAACGUACAAGUUUCCUGGAACAGUCCUGUUUUGUUUCCUUUUGUACAGAAUUUUCUAUUGAAAUCUGCAUGGAUAAACCUAAUGUACAUAUUCUGUGUAUAAAAUGAAAAGUCUUUCAUAA